GGCUGCCCGGCCUGCCCGCCAGCCGCCCUGCCUCAGUGCGUCAGUGCUCGUUGAGCCAGACGGUCGCCCGCUCCUCGCCUCCUGCAGAGCCGCGGGCCGAGCCGAGAGCCGAAGCGCGCCGGAGCCGAGAGCCGAGCCGAACCGUGGCAAGCAGGAGCCGAGUCGGGUCGGCAGAGUGAGGACGCGCGAGAGAGCGAGCGAACGCGCGCAGAGGGGGAGCGAGAUAGCGGGUCGCGUCGGGCCCCGCGAGCGAUGUGUGAACAGUGACAGUGCAGUGACAACACACUUAUGGGAUUUACCUCUCGACGCGGAUCCUUGUGACUCGAAGGGAUACGAAUCUGAAAGGAUGAGGGAGGCCGUGACCGUGGCCGCCAGGCCCACCAUGAUCUCGGCCAAGUACCGGCUCAAGGAGGAGCGCCGGCGGAUGCUCAAGAUGAGCGUCAACAAGCUGAGGCGCAUCGAGGACCCCGAGUCGUCGCUGCGCCGCUCCGUGCUCAUCAACAACACGGUGCGGCGGCUGCAGCGCGAGCAGCGCGAGGCGCGCAACCCGCCCCUGCCCUCCCCGGACGCGCUGUUCGCCGACCUGGACGAACCGGCCGUGGCCGCGCCCAUCGCCGCGAACGUCACCGUCACCGCCACGGCGACCACCACCACCACCACCUCCGCGACGCCGGCCGCCAGCGCGCCCGAGCCCGCCACCCCCAACCUGGUGCUGGAGGAGCUCGAGGACGUGCUCAGCCAGUUCUACAUGCCGCCCACCCCACGCAUGAUCACCUCCAUCGACGAGGACGACGCCCGGAGCGACGACGGCGAGGACGCCGUCGACGCCGCCAAGCGGGGGUCCUCUCCGCCUCGGUGCCCCGUCCCCAGCAAGCGGCCGCGCCUCGACCGGUUGGACCGGACCGACGCCGACGACGAGGGCCGGGCGCUGGCCCUGGCGCUCGCCGACCCCACCAACACCCUGGAGGACUUCAAGGACGAGGUGUACCUGCGCACCAAGCCCCGCGUGCCCCUGGCCAACACCAACACCCCCCUGCCGUGCGAGGACCUCCGCGCCGACCACUGCGGCCGCCGCUACACACACACCGGCCACGACAGGGAAAACAUCGCACCCGGCCCGCUCAUGGGCACGCUGGGGCUCGGCAUCAUGGGGGCGGACGACCAGGGGCUGGGGGCGGCGCUGGGGGCGGCGGCGAGCCCGGCCGCCAGCCUGCAGCUGCAGCACAGCCUGCAGCACAGCCUGCAGCCCUACAGCUGCAGCCAGGCCCAUGGCCAGGCGCAGCAGGCCGGCGGGCUGGUGUUCCAUGGACUCAUGGCCACCAUGGAGUCGUGAAGUCAACCGUGCCUUCAAGAAAAGGGCCUUGUCGAAGGUUCGUAGCUCGGCUCGUCGCGGUGGGGAUCCCCCUGCGCCUGCAAGCGCGAAUACUUGCUCCAAGGAGCCUGCUCGUGCAGAGUCUCAGCUCAGACCCAAUUUUCGACAAGGCAGUUUUUUGUUCCCCCUUUCGGCGAGACCACGCGAUUGUUCAUAAAUCUAUAUAUCAGUCUAUAUAUAAAUCUAUAUAUAUAAAUAUAUUUGAUUUGGCUGUGACAAAUUAGUGUAAGUCUCUCGUCCUGCUGUGAUAAGGCUAACAUGACCAGACCGGCCCACAACCUUUUUGUGGUCUAAGGGAACGAACCCCUCGAAGAGCUUGUUAAAACUAAAAAGGCCAUUUUUAAGGACCAAUAAGUUGAAAGAAAAUAUAAAAAGAAAAAAACUCAAUUGAAAAAAUAUUAUGAAUUGAAUUAUGAAUUGACUAUUUCUAGUUUGGCGAAAGUUUAGUUGGAAGGAAGUAAGUGUAACUUAAGCAACGGUAUAAUUUUUUCACAAAAUAAUAUGACCAAAAAAAUUUCCGGUUCGUUUCCUUUCUUAUCUACUCUCGCACAACAAGAAAUGGUCUGUUGUCAUGGACCACUUUUCCUUACACAAUUAAAGGGCAGCGAGUCUAGCUAGACCAACUUAAGUUAUUAUGUAUGAUGAUGGAAUGAGGCAGAACACUGUUGUUGCAUAAUGUUAAAUUCCUUGACCAGGGCAGAGUUUUGUCUAGCUUUAGGGAUCGUCCCUUGAACCUCUGGUCCUGGCCUGAAAAGAAACAACAAAUGAAUUGUUGAAAAUGAACGAGAAAAAAACAGCAAACAAUUGUUAGUCACAACAAAUCGAUGGCCAAUUGAAUUCUAAUUGUUUUGUUCAUGUUUUCCAAGGUCACUUUCGUAAGUGCUUCAUCAACUUUCCAAAUGGAUCUAUAAAGCUUCCUUAAGCGACCUUAACCUUAAAUUUAUGGUAAAUACUGCGAUACUGCAGUCAAUCAAUUUUUUGUAUUGUUAAACGAAAGAGAUUAGAUUAAGUGCCUGUGAGAUCUGAACUACGUCAGCAGCUUAUCAAUUAGCAAGAUCAAAGAUGUGCCUAUCGCGUCAGCCAAGCCUCUGGCAGGUACGGCGUUUGCGAGCAGCUAAGUUACUGUAGAGUUUGGCCUUUUUAUUAUUUUGAGUCUUUAAAGAAAAUGUUCAAAUUGAGGGGAAGAAACAUGUAAUGGCUUUACACGCACAUCACAUAAUUCAUAAUUGCUGCCAAUAUCUCUAGGCUAGGCCAAGACUGAUUUAACGCCAGUGUAUUAGGGGGAGCGUCUCAAUAUGAACUCCUUUUUUUUGUAAGGAGAUAGAGCGAGAAAGAGAGAAAAACAUGGGAAGAGAGAGAGAAAAGAAACAUAAGUAAUACUAAAAGGCGAAUUUCCGCCGAGGCUGUGCAGAGGCCGCGGGCGCGCACGCGCCGCCGCGACCCCAUAAAGCGGAGGGAACCUUUUGUAAUGAACGAAAACAAAAGCUGUUCUUUCUUAACGGCGUAUAGCGUUACAUAAGUGCGGUCGAAAUAGAUUUCCAGCCGACGCGGCCGCGCCGCCGCCCAUAGCGCCGUAUUGUCCUUGAGAGCAGCGACGCGUCCGUUUCUCACUUGGAAACGAUACUAUUCGGGAUAAAAAAAUAAAAUACUACUCGCAGUCCAGGCGCGCGCGGAAGUUUCAAGUGUAGAGGUCACCUGAGGCGUGGAAACUGUCAGGAUCGAGCAGCAAGCUGCGUAGCCUUGGGGAAAUCAUGCUCUCGCCUCGUCUUUGCACCGAGAACGAACGGGCGAGAUCUUUUUUUCAUUUUUUUUUUUUUUUCAAACCGGGUGGGAUAAAAA